AGGGCGGCGGGCGGAGGCGCCUCGGCUCCGGGCUCUGCUCGCUCCGCGUCCGAUCGCAGCCGCCGGGGCGCGGGCGGCCCAGCCCCCCAGGAGCCGCAGCGAUGGCCUCGAAGCCUGAGAAGAGGGUGGCCUCGUCUGUCUUUAUCACCCUGGCGCCGCCGCGCCGUGACGUGGCUGUGGUGGAGGAAGUGAAGCGAGCAGCUUGUGAGGCCCGGCGCGGCCGCCCCUGGGAGGCUCCUGCCCCCGGGAAGGCACCCGGGGCCGGCUCGGCGGGGAGGCCCAGCCCCUGGGCACCCCCUGGCAGGGCUGCAGCCGCGGUGCCAGCCGUACCACCCCAGCUCGCCAACGGAGGAUGCUCCCUGCCUCCUCCUCCCCUGGAUGGCGAGGACGCAGACCUGGACCUCCUCCCGCCGCCCCCUCCGGCGUACCUGCCCCCUGAUGAGGAGCCCCCUGCCCCCAUGGGGGCGUCGCUCAUUUCGGAGUUACAGCAGCUGCACCUGCCCCCGCCCCCACCCCCACCACAGACCCCAGUGGAGCAACCUCUAGUCCAGCCUCCGCCUGGUCCCCUCAGGCCCACGGAGGAGGAGCUGCCACCUCCCCCAGCAGAGCCUGUUGACAUCCCCGAGAGAGAGGCAUCCACAGACAUCUGUGCUUUCUGCCACAAGACGGUGUCCCCCCGAGAGCUGGCCGUGGAGGCCAUGAAGAGGCAGUACCACGCCCAGUGCUUCACGUGCCGCACCUGCCGCCGCCAGCUGGCCGGGCAGAGCUUCUACCAGAAGGACGGGCGGCCCCUCUGCGAAAGCUGCUACCAGGACACCCUCGAGAAGUGUGGCAAGUGUGGCGAGGUGGUCCGGGAGCACGUCAUCAGGGCCCUGGGCCGGGUUUUCCACCCUCCCUGCUUCACAUGUGUGGCCUGCGCUCGGUGCAUCGGGGACGAGAGCUUUGCCCUGGACGGCCAGAACGAGGUGUACUGCCUGGACGACUUCUACAGGAAAUUCGCCCCCGUGUGCAGCAUCUGUGAGAAUCCCAUCAUUCCCCGGGACGGGAAAGAUGCCUUCAAAAUUGAGUGCAUGGGAAGAAACUUCCAUGAGAAUUGCUACAGGUGUGAGGACUGCAGGAUCCUGCUGUCUGUGGAGCCCACAGACCAAGGCUGCUACCCCCUGAACGACCGUCUCUUCUGCAAGCCGUGCCACGUGAAGCGGAGUGCCGCGGGGUGCUGCUGAGCACACCUGCCGGGCACCAGGGCAGUGAGCAGCCUGCUAGCCCCGGCCGGGGCCUUCCCUGACUUGGUUUCCCUUUCUGACCUGCUCUUGCACACUUUCCUCCUGAGCCUCAGGGGGGACCAGCCUGCAGCCCUGCCCAGCAUGUCUGGGACACAAGGGGCCGAGCCUCCUCCAGCUCCUCCUCUACCCCCGGGCACCCCAGGGCUCCUAGACCAUGAGGGUCACACCCGGAGUUCCCUGCUGGCCCUGACCCAUUUGGAGGGGCAAGUUGGGACAAAUCUUCGGGUGGUGCCUGGGUCCCUGGCACUGAUUCUUCAGCUAUCUAGCAGUGUGCUGAGACCAGCCCUGGCUUGCAGGGCUGAGCUGUUUGAGGAAAAAUUCCAAGGUCCCUUUAAAAGUGCUUUUUGAAAAUGUUGAGGUUUAAAGAUGGGAAACAACAUUCUUUGCAUUUGGGGGAGAAAAAUCUUCAUAGCAAACAUCUCCCCUUGGUUCGUACGUGUAUAAGAAUGUGACCUAGUGGUGGCACAGCCAUAGACUUCCCACCUGUGGCAUGCGUCAUGCGGAGGUGGGGCUGGGGCCCAGGCCCAGGAGGAGAGGUGUCCCCAGACACCUGAGGACGUUAGCAGCCCCUUCACCUUGCCUUCUGGCCCGUCCUCCUGUGUGCUCCGUGAGUCAGCAGACACAGAUUGAGUGCCUGUUGUAUGCUGGGGAACGGGGUGCAGAGGCUGAGUGUUCUCACACACACACACACACACACACGCACACACACGCACACACACGCACUCACGCUCUUCUCCAGGACAGGUGUCCCUUCAGCAAUCUGCUUGUGGCCCCCCAAGUCCCACUUGGGCCCUCCAAUGGGCUGCCCUAUAACCACUGCCUACACAAGGCCACACCUAGAAGAUCCUUCUUCGUUGGUUUUUUUGUUGUUGUUGUUUGUUUGUUUUUUAAUAGAGACGGGGUCUCGCUCUUGCUCAGGCUGGUCUGGAAC